CUGGAGCCGCGGACGUAGCAGGAGGCGUCGGCCCGGAGCCAGCGCAGACAACGAGGCGAUCUGUCCCGGAGGGCGCGGGGGAGCCGGGCAGAGCGGCCGCGCGCCGAGCCAUGAGCGGGGCGCAAUAGCAGAAGGCGCGGGCUGCAUGGAGCGCGCUGGGACGCGGAGACAGCGCGGUGGCCGGCGCCUGCAUGGGCUCCCGCUUGCAUUCCGACUGGCGCUGCUGCUGGCUGGGUCGCCGUCGGGCCGCGCUGGGGCUCCAGAGACGCAGGAGCCCGCAGCGUCCGGCACCGUCGCCCCGGAGGGAGGCGACCGCUGCCGGGGCUACUACGACGUGAUGGGCCAGUGGGACCCGCCCUUCAACUGCAGCUCGGGUGUCUACAGCUUCUGCUGCGGCACGUGCGGCUACCGCUUCUGCUGCCACGACGGCCCGCGCCGCCUGGAUCAGAGCCGCUGUUCUAACUACGACACACCAGCCUGGGUGCAGACUGGCCGGCCGCCCGCCCGUGCCCGUGACACUGCCGCCCCGCGCGAUCCGGCCCGCGAGCGCAGCCACACUGCGGUCUACGCGGUGUGCGGUGUCGCCGCGCUACUCGUGCUGGUUGGCAUCGGGGCACGCCUGGGCCUGGAAAGAGCGCACAGCCCGCGCGCUCGGCGCACAGUGACCAGAACACUGACAGAACUUCUCAAACAGCCAAGCCCCCAGGAACCACUGCCUCCACCUCUGGGCCCACCCCUGGGUAACUGUGUCCAGGUCCAAAUGGGUGAUGGUAUUCUUCGGGGUUCCCCCCACAACAGCACAGACAAGAAACGCCUCAAUAAUGCGCCUCUGGGAUCUGCCACCCCGGGACCCCCGCGCGGCCCCCGGCUGCAGGGUGGUGGCAGCCUGACAUUGCAGCCUGAUUACACCAAGUUCGCUACUCUCAAAGCAGCAGCCCUAAAGGCCACAGAGGCCGCACCCCAGGACUUCUAUCAACGUUUUCCCUCUACCGAGCCGGCCCCACGAACCCUCCCAGCGCGGGGCCCGCGUAACCCGGAGGACUUGCCUGCGCUGCUCGAAGCCUGUCCCUGGGCCCCUCCAGGUUACGUACCUCCCACCGGCCCUGUCGCAUCCGUCCCCUAUGCAGCUUGGACCGCGGGCCGCCCCACGCGGCCGGUCCCCCGUGGCCACUUGGUGGCUCACGUCUCCCCUGCACCCCGGCGGCCCAGCCACGUGCCACGGCGUCAGUUCAGCGUGGAGAAGUUGCCCGAGGCCUUCAGCACACAGCCUACCACCUUUUACAGCAGCGCCGGCAGAGGGCCCCGGCACCUAAGCACCAACAGCAAAGCUGAAGUCACCGUCUGAAAUGGAACCACUGGAGCCUUCUGUGGGGUCUGGGGCCCCAGGUCGUGGAGUGGCAGUGCUGGCUUCGAUCCACACGGGACUGGGGACAUUUGGAGCCCGUGGCUAAGGGGCCAAAAGGGUAGGGCCAUGUGUUCUGUCCUUGGGAAUGCAGGGCUAUCCUUACCUGUGUAAAUAAACCCUCUAAUGUGGU